UCCGCAGAAGGGAUCCGUAGCACGUCUCUCGCGAGACGCCGUAGUUCCGACAGCGCAGAUCGUGGUUCAAAUUAUUGCUGUGUAAACAGCCAAAAGUUGCAUUUUUGUUGUCUCAGAAAGCGGGUAAAUCACGACAAUGUCGAUUCAAGCCUCAAACCCCAACAACCCGGUUGUGUUCUUCGACAUUACCAUUGGAGGGCAGGAUGUUGGACGGAUGAAGUUUGAGCUCUUUGCUGAUGUGGUUCCAAAGACCGCUGAGAACUUCCGGCAGUUCUGUACUGGAGAGUUCAGGAAGGAUGGCGUUCCUAUUGGCUACAAAGGUUGCACAUUCCACAGGGUAAUCAAAGACUUCAUGAUACAGGGAGGAGACUUUGUAAAUGGUGAUGGAACAGGUAUCUGCAGCAUCUAUAGGGGUCCAUUUGCAGAUGAAAACUUCAGAAUAAAGCAUUCUGCUGCCGGUCUUCUUUCAAUGGCAAACAGUGGUCCAGGAACAAAUGGUUGUCAGUUUUUCAUUACCUGCACUAAAUGUGACUGGCUAGAUGGAAAACAUGUGGUGUUUGGAAAACUGGUCGAUGGCUUGCUGGUCAUGAGAAAAAUUGAGAAUGUCUCAACAGGGCCCAACAACAAGCCUAAACUCCCCAUCAUCAUUGCACAGUGUGGAGAGAUGUGAGCCGACACGUGCUAAACACCAUGUCAACAUUACACAGCCUCUGUAUACAUUUAAUGUCUUAAUUGUGACUUGUUACUCUUCAGAAAACAUCAACACACUGAUUCCUGCAAUGUCCCAUAGUGGACAUUGAUGUAUUUAUUUGGUUUCAGACUUCAUUUGUUUUAAAUUCAAAUUAAGUCCAAAUUAAGACUGUUUGUGUACAUUUUUUUUAAAUUGAAGAAAGAAUUACAUGGUUGUCACACUUUGUAUUAUUUCCAAUCAAUAAAUUGCUGUACAUUUUUAUAAA